UUGAACCAUCGGUUGAACCUAUAAAUAACUUUUACUUUUUUUAAGAUUUUAGAUUAUGUUUUAUAUUCUAAGUUUCCAAUUAAAAAGUUAUGUGCUAACAAAAAAAAGAGUUAGGUUUUCACUUUUAAGUUUUACAUUUGUGACUUUUAGAUUUUGAUGAAGAUUUUAUUAUGUCACCUAAAGAAAAUGAAGUGAACGAUAGUAGAGAACCAAAAUUAGUUUAUGUGAUUUGGUGUUAGUUUAUUUUCGUUAUUGACAAGUUAUUAACUUAUUACAAUGACCUUUUACUUUUGGUUUAUUUUGAAUUUGAUGUUUAAUUUAUUAUUCACAUUAGACAUUUAAAUAUUUAUGAAUUUUAUAUCUUGAAUUUUUUAGAUGUCACAACUUUUACUUUGUUACACAAAAUUUUAAAUAGUCUAAACUAUUUUUUGAUAUUUUAUAUGUCAAAUGAGAAUAAAAAUAUAAAAAUUAAAGUUAAGUAUUUUCUAAAUACUUUUUAAACAUUAGAUAUAUACAUAUCCAAACUAUUAUUUUAUGUUUUAAAAAAAUAUUUAGAAAAUAUUAAACUUUAGUUUUUAUAUAUUUAUUUUUAUAGCUAAUAUAUUAUUAUAUAAUAAAAUUAAUUCAUUUAUUGAUUCGCGGUCGAUUCAGUGAUCCAAUAAUCCGAUAAAUUGACCGGUUCAGUAUUUAGGUCGGGUUCGAAAACAUUGGUUUAUAGGCUUUUCUCGGGAAAAGUUUUGUUCUAGAGAGAGUUGUUUUGAAUAUUUUAACAAGUGUAACUGCCAUUACAAUCGUGACCAUUAGUUUGUUUGAAUCUGUUUAAAGAAUUUACUCAAACCUAUGUGGUCUUCACCGCUCGUUAACUGACGUUGUUUAUUGAUUUUUUUAGUGGAGAGAGAUAGAGAUAGGUGUUUUUUACUCUGUUUUUGUUUGUGAAUCUGCUCUAAAUAAUCUUGACCGUUUUUAGUAAGACUUUUGUUUUAUACUACACUUUUUCAGAGUGAGUAAUUCCUCGCUAGGAUAAUUUUUCAAUUUUUAAUUCAGUUUUUAUGGUAGUGGUAGACAAACUAUCCGACGUGUCGUAAUAAAUUGAACGUGCGCAUCAAUUGACACGUACAGUUACAUAAUAAGUAUGGGUUUAAAUUGCGCAGUGUGUUGAAUUAGAAGUGUUAUUUUGGUGACUAUCAAUCGACCAGUAUCAUUCAUGUCUCCUACCUAAACUAUGUUUUAUUCUCGCCUAUGCAUGCUUAAUCCUUACUGUAAUACAGUUUAAUCAUGAACAAAUAUAUAUAUACAGUAUAUAUUUUUUUUUUGGUUUCGAGUUUCUCAGCCCCAAUUUUAAAUUUCCUAUAGGCUUCUUACUAUGAAGAUGCUUAAUCAUUUUUUAUGGGCCAGAAGCAACGGCUUCUAAUAUUAUUAUUUGAAUUGUGACAUGUGGAAAUUUACAUGGAAGCUGGAGAAAGGAGAAUAUUUACAAGUGCAUGGUAAAGUAUAACCAUACAUGUAAGGAACCUGCAUGUAAUAAUAAAUCUUCAAGUAUUGGAAAUCUAGCUAGAUGGGCUAAAGAGUUAUGCACUUUAUACUAACAUUAUUCUCGAAAUUUUAUUUCACAGAAAAAUAUAGAUUUGGUCAAAUACUAAUAAACCAAGAAAGUUAAUUAAAUAUUAUUUGAUGUAUCUUAAUUUCAAAAACUUACUUAAGAGAAUUUUAUUUGUGAUAUUUGUAGAUAAUUUUUCAAAAGAUGAAAUUUCCAAGACAGUAUUGCAUUGCUGUUUUAUAUUUUGUUAAUUUCUAAGAAUUCAACAAAAUUCAUUUUAAGUUUUUCUGGUGAGAAUAUGUUAAUGAGAUCAUCACCAAUCCACCAUAAACUACAAUAAAAGUUAUAUAAAAUAAAUUGUAUUUUUUAAAAAAAGAGUGAUAAUUCAGCACUAACAAAACAUCAAGGAUUGACACAUCAUUUUAUAUUUGUCAUUAUUUGGUGUAUUCGCGACUAUGCUUAUCAAACCUUUCUUAGCCCAAUUAAUUUUCAAAAAUUGAAGUCCAUUUUCUCGUCCAGAUUUAUAUACGUAGAAGAGCGUAUUUAGGCUUGACGAACUUUUUAUGUAUGUGCUAAUAUACUUUUCCAAGCAGCCAUCGUCAAUCCUAAUAUACACCAUCGUCAACUUGGUCUCGUUGUCCAUUCCUUUUCCCUUUCCAGAAGCUUUCACUAUAACACCUUCAUGAGAAGGUACACCUUCUCUUUCAGUCUUUACUUUAAAGCUCAAGCCGCACCACCCCAACGAAGUCAUAUUUAAUACACUUUAACCGUCUCCGCAGCUCGCUUGCAAUCAAGCUCCUAUAAAUAAGCAUUACUCUCUUUGUAGUAAUUCCUAUCACUACACCCUACUUGCUACUUCCUAAUGCUUUUAAUGUCAAAGAUUUGGACUUAACUACACAGUUACAGCGAUUUUUUAAAACGAUGAAGAUGAAGUGGAGAGUCGGUGCUCUCUUCCCAAUUGGAGCAAGAGAUGAGUCAGCCUGAAAGUGAGCCACAUCAGAUUAUUUUCAGCCCGCAUCUUUCGGUUAGGUUAAAGUGUACUUGGACUCAGCAAGUUAGCGAUAUGGCAGAAAGAUCAUCUCUAAUAGGAUGAUUACUUUUGACAGUAAAUGUUGAUCUUCAUACCUUUUUAAUGUUGUACAUGAGCAAAAUAUACUGCCAUAUGUGAAGGUUUUGUAAAAAAUGAUAUUUUGAUCAACUAACGCAAUGAAUCCAUACAUGUCUAAUGUCUUGAGAAAAAUCGCAUAAAAAACUUUGAAAGUAUCUUUAAACUUUGAAAAUUUUUCACUAACACUUUUAAUUUUCAAAGUGAUAUUUACAUUACAAAAAACCUCGAAAAUAAAAGUUGAUCGGAUGUACAUGUAAAAAAUGAUGUGUCAAGUAUUUUUUCAAAAACUAAUUAUUUAAUCAAUAAAAUAAAAUAAAUUCAUAAAACUAAAUAAAAAUUCAAAAAACAAAAAAAACACAGAUUAAUUAAAAAAAUAGAAAAGAUUAAAUAAAAACAACUAAAAAUUCAAAAAAUAAAUAAGAUUAAAUUAAAAUACAGAAAAAUAAAUUGAAUUCAUAAGAUUUUUUAAAUAAAUAUAUCAUAUCAUCUUUAACAAUAACAAUUUCAAACAUAUCACCAGUGACGAUGAUAGUUUCUCACAUAACCAUUAACAAUGACAGUUUUUGGAAUAUCUUCAAUGAUAAUUUCUGACAUUAUCGUUGAAAAUGGCAAAAGAAAACUUUUUGAAAUUUCAAUUACAAGAUUUUUAAAUAAAUAUAUCAUAUCAUCGUUCAGAAUAACAAUUUCAAAUAUAUCUCCAGUGACGAUGAUGGUUUCUCACAUAACCAUUAACAAUGACGGUUUUUGGUAUAUCUCUAAUGAUAAUUUCCGACAUUAUCGUUGAAAAUGACAAAAAAAAACUUUUUUCAAUUUAUGUUUUUUAAUUUCUUUUUGUAUUUUAAUUUGAUCUUAUUUAUUUUUUUUUGAAUUUUUAUUUAAUUUUAUGAGUUUUUUUGUUAAAUUUUUUUUUUAUUUAAUUUUAUGAGUUUUUUUGUUAAAUUUUCUGAUUUUUAUUUAAUUUCUUAAUUUUUUAUUAAUUAAAUAAUUAUGUUUUGAAAACAAAACUGACACAUCAUGUUUUUACAUGUUCAGCCGGUCAACUUUUUCUUUGGCGGUUUUUACGAUACAAGUGUUACUUUGAAAAUUAAAAGUGUUAAUGAAAAAUAAUUCAAGGUUUAAAUCGUUAGUAAAUAACAUUUUCAUGGUAUUUUAUGCAAUUUUCCCAAAAUAAAUACCUACCACUAUAAUUAACUCAAGAUCAUCUUGUAAGUGGGUUUCAUAGUACAACCCUCAAAGAGAAUAAUUCGGAAGCAAAAAGAAAAUGUUAGUUGCAAAUACAUGUAGAAAUGAUAAUGAAAGAGAAUAUCCUUUAUAAUAUUCAACAACUAAAAUUAAAAGGUAUUUUACUUACAAGUACACAAUUAACAUUUUUAUUACCACCAAAUACUUACUUAUUUUACAGUCUUGAUUUUCUUGAUAUUUUUUCACUUUUUGUCUUUUGUUUCAGUGAGAAAACAUGUGGAGUUUUGGACCUUAAAAAAGAAAGAAAAAUCAACAUAUAAAACUGAUAAGGACGAGUCCACAAGAAUUAAAGAGCAUCACCUACUUUUCUGUCUUCCUCUUCUAUCUUCCGCCAUUGAUUGCGCUUUUUGAUUCUAGUGCCCAAAAAACCAAAGAUUCCUCAUUCCUUCUCCCCCCGCACGUCCUCUCCUUCUUCUUCUUCCAUUUCACAGCUACUCUUUAACGAGAAACUGACAAUGUCGCUUACAUGACUCUUUGAUUCCUUGGAGAAGCUGUCUUUUGUCUUUUUCCGAUUUGAGUUGCUUCAAUUGAAGUCAUGCGGAUAAUACGCUGGAUGAUGAUGAUACUAGUCUUAGUAACAAGCGUUUCAGGCUCUUCCUCCGACUUCGAAGCACUUUUGGAGCUCAAGAAAGGCAUACACACAGACCCAUCUGGCAAACUCCUUACCUCAUGGAACGCAAAUGCUUUAUCCUCUGACAAGUGUCCUCAACGCUGGUACGGAGUUUCUUGCACUAGUAGCGGAGACGUCACAUCCAUAGAUUUAAACGGUUUAGGUCUCCUCGGAGACUUCAGUUUCCCCGCCAUUAUCGGUCUCCGAAAGCUUCAGAACCUGUCCAUUUCCGACAACCACUUCUCCGGAACCCUCUCCAAGAUCGCUUCUCUCAAGUCUCUCAAGCAUCUCGACGUGUCCAACAACUUGUUCCGCGGCUCGUUGCCUUCUGGGAUCGAUGAUCUCGACAAGCUGAAGCACCUUGAUCUGCGAGGGAAUAGCUUCUCCGGGGAAGCGAUGAGUUUGUUCUCUCAGCUGCAUAGUGUGGAGUACGUGGACGUGAGCAGGAACAGCUUGUCGGGCUCGCUUGACUUGGGUCUCGCGAAGUCGAGCUUUGUUUCUUCGGUUCGGUACUUGAACGUGAGUGGGAACUCUUUGGUUGGAGAGCUUUUUGCUGGCGGCGGCGGCGGCGACGGCGUCAUCCCGUUUUUCGAUAGUUUAGAGGUGUUUGAUGCUAGCAGUAACCGCUUCUCUGGUUCUCUUCCUUUCUUCAGCUUUGUUGUCUCUCUCAAGAUUCUUCGCUUACAAGACAAUCAGUUCUCUGCUUCUUUACCACAGGGCCUUCUCCAGGAGAGCUCAACUGUCUUAGCUGAGCUUGAUCUUAGCCUCAAUCAACUUGAAGGUCCUGUUGGAAGUAUAACCUCUUCAACGCUAAAGAAACUCAAUCUCUCUUCAAAUAGACUAUCCGGGUCCUUACCUUUGAAAGUAGGCCAUUGUGCCAUUAUUGAUCUGAGUAACAAUAACAUCUCAGGAGACUUGUCAAGGAUACAGAGUUGGGGUGAUUAUGUAGAAACCAUCCGGUUAAGUUCCAACUCACUCACUGGAACACUACUACCUAGCCAAACUUCUCAGUUCCUGAGGCUGACUUCACUCGAGGCGGCGGACAAUUCGCUGCAGGGUGUGCUACCUUUUAUCUUAGGAACUUAUCCUGAGCUGAAAGAGAUUGACCUCAGUCAUAACUUGCUUAGCGGAUCCAUACCGGGAAAUCUAUUGGUGUCGGAGAAGUUGACGGAUCUAAAACUGUCUAACAAUAACUUGUCUGGUUCACUUCCUCUACAAGAUGCAAGUAGUGCAGGAAACCUUAGCUUGACCAAUAUUGAUCUGUCACAUAACUCAUUAAGUGGAGUUCUGCCCGAGGAACUAACCAGCUUCCGCAGUUUGGUUACUCUAGACCUUUCUUAUAACAACUUCGAAGGGAGCAUACCUGAUGGCCUCCCAGAGAGCUUAAAGGUGUUCAUUGUCUCUGCCAACAAUCUCUCUGGAAACCUGCCGGAGAGUCUUCUCCGACGGUUUCCAGAUUCAGCUUUUCGUCCGGGGAAUGAGUUACUGAUUGGAACUCCUAAAGAUAUAACCUUAGGAUCAAAGCAUAAGUACCAUAUGAAAUCUUCCAUAAAGGCAGCUCUCAUCAUAGGUUUGGUCGUGGGUGCUGCUCUACUUGUUCUUGUCUGUGUGUGGUUUCGUUUUGUGCUGAAGAGGCAACAGGACGAAGAGAAAAUGGAUUUAACUGAAGAAAAGAGUAGCCUGCAAAAGAAUGAGCCUUCUCCUUCUCCUGAAAAGAUCAGCGUUCCUUCGUCUUCUGUUACUUCUACUUCCACAGCAAACGCCAAGCUUCUUGUUUCUUCUCCACGUGUCUCUGAGAAUCCUUCAUCCCAAGUAUCUUCUUCCAUCCAUAACUCACCAGAUACUCAUCCUAGGUCUCGCCAGACCUGCGCGAAACUGGAUGGGAACCUGUACAUUUUCGACCCUAGUCUCACGCUUACAGCAGAGGAACUGUCUCGUGCUCCAGCCGAAGCUAUGGGAAGGAGCUGCCACGGGACGCUGUACAGAGCAGUGCUCGAUUCUGAUACCGUAUUAGCUGUCAAAUGGUUAAGGGAAGGGACUGCGAAAGGCAAGACUGAGUUUGCUAGGGAGAUAAAGAAACUUGGGAACAUCAAACACCCGAAUCUUGUUUCUCUUCAGGCUUACUAUUGGGGCCCCAAAGAACACGAGAAGCUCAUCAUAUCAAGAUACAUUGAUGCACCUUGUUUAGCUUUCUACCUCCAAGAGGCUGGAUUGCUAAACCUCCCACCAUUAUUACUAGAAAACCGUCUUAAAAUAACUCUGGACAUAGCCACUUGUCUUAGUUACCUCCACAACGAAGAGGCAAUCCCACACGGGAAUCUAAAAUCAACCAACGUUCUCCUAAAACCUCCUGAGCUUACUGCACUCUUAACAGACUACAGUCUCCAUCGGCUGAUCACACCAGAAGCCACGUCAGAGCAAGUUUUGGACGCAGCUGCUCUAGGCUACUGCCCUCCAGAGUUUGCUAGCUCGAGCAAACCUUACCCUUCUCUCAAAAGCGAUGUGUACGCCUUUGGGGUCAUCUUGCUAGAGCUUCUUACGGGAAAAGUGUCCGGAGAUAGCGAUGAUCCAGGGGUCGUUGAAUGGGUUGUUAUGCUUGCGGGACAAAACCGUGCCGCCGAGUGUUUUGACCCGUCCAUUGUUAAGACACAUGCCUCUGGCUCUGGGGUUCUUAUUGAUGUCUUGCAGAUUGCUCUGAGCUGUAUCUCGCAGGCACCAGAGAGGCCCGACAUGAAGUCGGUGUGUCAAGAGCUCUUUAGAAUUGUUCUCAUUGGGACAAACUAGAAUGAGAGAUAGAUACACUAUCAUCACUCUUCAUUGUAAAAAAAAAUGUAUUUGGAUUCGUUGUUGCUCCAUUAAUUCCGUUUGUGUUGUACCAUAAAAUGAAACUUGUAUAUCUUAAAUCGAGUAGUAACAUUUUUUUUAUAUC